AUGGGUGCUUAUUUGACCCAACCAGUUACCGACAAAGUGUCAGAAGAUAAAGCCUUCAAGGGCAUGACAUACGGGGCUUCAUCGAUGCAAGGAUGGAGAAUAACUCAAGAAGAUGCUCAUAACUGUUUGACAGAUUUUGAUGAAUCAUCUGAUACAUCACUUUUUGCAGUAUAUGAUGGUCAUGGAGGUUCAGAAGUUGCGCAAUAUUGUGCAUUAUAUCUACCAAAAUUUAUCAAAAACCUCUCUGAAUACGAAAAGGGAGAUCUAGCAGAAUGUUUCAAGGCAGCAUUUUUGAAAUUCGAUGCAACAUUAGUUGACGAAGAAGUCAUAAAAGAAUUAAAAGUUUUGGCUGGUGAUGAUGAUGGUGGAGAUGAAGAUGAAUCACUGAUGAGAGGUAAACAAUUAAUAGUAGCCAAUGCUGGAGAUUCAAGAUGUGUCUUAUCAAGGGAUGGUCAAUGCGUUGAGUUAUCGUUUGAUCAUAAACCAGAAGAUGAAAUAGAAAAGAAUAGAAUAGAAAAGGCUGGUGGCAAAGUAACUGCUGAUGGUCGUGUUAAUGGUGGUUUGAAUCUCUCUAGAGCUUUAGGAGAUCAUUGGUAUAAAAGAAAUGCUGAUUUACCAGCAGAAGAGCAAAUGAUAUCAGCUUGUCCUGAUUUACAAACAGUUAAUAUAGAAGACAAUGAUGAAUUUAUUGUACUUGCCUGUGACGGUAUAUGGAAUUAUUUGUCUAGUCAAGAAGUUGUUGACUAUGUUAGAGAAAGAUUAAAAUAUGAAGAAAAAAGACAGAAACCAUCACUGAUUUGUGAAGAGGUGUGUAAUGUUCAAAUUUUGAUGUUCAAUGUCUUUCAUUGGUUUAGAUAA